AUGACUCUCAUCCCAACCCGUGCACUCACAACCAUCAUCUUCCGUGAUGCGAUUGUCUCGACAUCGUGGGGUGGUGAAAUCUCGGAGGGUGGGGAUAGCACCAUGUGUUUUCUUUACCAAAUCCAAAAUAUGUUCGGACCACCACUCGUUCUUCUCGGCCACUGCUACGAAAGCCUGGUUUUACCCUCAUCUUCACGCGCCGCCGCUGCCACCACAACAUUCUCAGUGAUUUCGAGGUCCAAGUAUUCUACAGAAGAAACUUCAAAGUCUAAAGUCCAAAGCCUCCACGCUCUCGGAAGUUCUCGUCGCCGCCCUCAACACAACAUUCUCGGUUAUCUGGAAGUCCGGGUAUUUUAA